CCCAGAAACCGGAAGCGGAAGUGUGCGUCCUUGGGUGGGCAGUCUAAUUCGGUUCCACGGGUGCUGCCGGGUGAGAGAGGCUUUCCCUAAGUCGCCAGUCGGUCGGAGGCACUACCAGGUGACCCUGCAGACUCCUGUCACGGGGUCUGUGGGCGCUGCUCCCGCUUUCCCUACACUCCUGGUCUCUCCGCCCUCCCAGAGCCUCGGGACUUGCUGUAGCCGGGAAAGCCGCCGCCGCCACCCCUCGCCGCCUCGCUUUUCCGCUUCCUCCGAGAUACCGGCCCACCUGGCCGCAGCUGCUUUCUGGACGGCCGGGUAGGGGACAGAGUUCCAUAGGUGAACCCAGAACUUCAACAUUGGACCCCAGACUCCCUGAAGGAAAUCAGGUUCAAGUUUUCCAUACUGGACAGGCUUCUCAUGCUCUGGAAUGAAUAAAUUCCUGCCAUCUGUGAUCUUGAUGCUGGAAAGAAGAGCCCGUGGAGCUGCAUGAAGAAUGCAAGUGUGUGCUCUGGAGGCUGGAGCCUAUUCUGCCUUAGUGCAAAUGCCCUCAGGGUCUCAAGUGUGGUUCAGGGAGAACUAAUCCAGUCCAGGCAGCUGGAGACCUAGGGUGACCAUCUUGCACAUCCAUAAAUCACAAGUAGGGAUAUCAACUGCUGUGUCUGGUGUAUGGAUCAAACCUUAUUCAUGUGCUUCCAAACUGCCUGGUGCUCUGCUUGCACUCCCAUCCUUCUUACUGCAGUGGCUUCUUCAGCUUAGAGACGACAUUCUCUUAGACUUCCAGAAGCUGGAACAAGGAAAUGGACUCAGUGGUCGUUGAGGAUGUGGCUGUGAUAUUUAGCCAUGAAGAGUGGGCUUUGUUGGAUCUUGCUCAGAGGAAACUCUACAGAGAUGUGAUGAUGGAAAACUUCAGAAACCUGGCCUCAGUAGUAUCUCGAAAGCCUAAUGAUGGAGAAAAGUUAUCCAGUGAAUGUAUAAUGCUGCGAUUCAUGAAGAAUAACACCUUGUCUUCCAUGUUAGGAAAAAUCUCCAAAUUGCAUGGCAGUAGAGAUCAGCAUAAAAACCAAGGGAGGCAUUUGAGCACGUUGCCUGUUUUUAACAGAAGUCGCAUAGUAGAGAACCUCUGGGAAACUAAUGAAGGCAAUCAGUGUGGGAGAACCUUCAGCUGGAUUCCAAAUCUUUCUGCGCUAAAAAGAUAUUCUCCAGAAGUAAAUCCUUUUGAAUGCUGUGAAUUUGGAAAAGCCUUCAUCGACCACUCAUCACAUAAGCAUCAUACCGCAUCUCACACUGGAUGCAAUACCUGUCAGUGUAAAGAAUGUGGAGAAAACUCUCACUCAUUCACUCCUAUGAGAACCAUUAUUGCAAAGAAACCCCGUGAGUGUAAGGUAUGUGGGAAGGACUUAAUUUGUAUUUCAAUGCUUAAGAAUUCUGUGACAGUACGCUCUGGUGAGAAACGCUAUGAAUGCAAUGAGUGUGGGAAACAUUUCUGUAGUUUCUCAUCCUUUUGGACACAUGUGAGAGGUCAUAAGCAUGAAUGUAAAGAAUGUUGUAAAACCUAUAGUCCUUCAUCCCUCAUUUUACAUGAAAAAUUUAGUAACAGAGUUAUGCCUUAUGAAUGUAAGGAAUGUGGGAAAGCCUUUAGUCAGGCCUCAACCCUCACUCAACAUGUAAGAACUCACAGUGGAGAGAGGCCUUAUGAAUGUCAGGAAUGUGGGAAAGCCUUUAGUCAGACCUCAUCCCUCACUCAACACAUAAGAAUUCAUAGUGGAGAGAGGCCUUAUAAAUGUAAAGAAUGCGGGAAGGCCUUUAGUCAGGCUUCAUCUCUCACUAGACAUGUAAGUACUCACACUGGAGAGAAACCUUUUGAAUGUAAGGAAUGUGGGAAAGUCUUCAGUCGGGCCUCAUCCCUCAUUACACAUAUAAGAAAUCACAGUGGAGAGAAACCUUAUGAAUGUGAGCAAUGUGGGAAAGCCUUCAGCCGGGCCUCAUCCCUCUUUAAACAUAGAAGAACUCACAGUGGAGAGAAACCUUAUGAAUGUAAGGAGUGUGGGAAAGCCUUUAGUGAUUCCUCUGCCCUCACUACACAUAUAAGAACUCACACUGGAGAAAGACCUUAUGAAUGUAAGGAAUGUGGGAAAGUUUUUACAUGUUGCUCACACCUCACUACACAUAUAAGAACUCACAGUGGAGUUAGGGCUUAUAAAUGUAUGGAAUGUGGGAAAGCUUUUAGUCAGGCUGCACAUCUUACUACUCAUAUAAGAACUCACAGUGGAGAGAGACCUUAUGAAUGUAAGCAAUGUGGGAAAGCCUUUAGUUGUUCCUCAUCCCUCACUACACAUAUAAGGACUCACAGUGGAGAGAGGCCUUAUGAAUGUAGGGAAUGUGGGAAAGCCUUUAGCCAGGCCUCAGCCCUCACUAGACAUAUAACGACUCACAGUGGAGAGAAGGGUUAUGAGUGUAAGGAAUGUGGGAAAGCCUUCAGUCGGGCUUUAUCCCUCACUACACAUUUAAGAACUCACAGUGGAGAGAAACCUUAUGAAUGUAAGGACUGUGGAAAAGCCUUUAGUCAGGCCUCACACCUCACUACACAUAUAAGAACUCACAGUGGAGAGAGACCUUAUGAAUGUAAGAAAUGUGGGAAAGCCUUUAGUUGUUCCUCAGCCCUCACUACACAUAUAAGAACUCACACUGGAGAGAGGCCCUAUGAAUGUAAUGAAUGUGGGAAAGCAUUUAGUUGUUCCUCAGCCCUCACUACACAUACUAGAACUCACAGUGGAGAGAAACCUUAUGAAUGUACGGAAUGUGGGAAAGCUUUUAGUGAUUCCUCACAUCUCACUACCCAUAUAAGAACUCACAGUGGAGAGAGGCCUUAUGAAUGUAAACAAUGUGGGAAAGCCUUUACUCAGGCCUCGCACCUCACUAGACAUAGAAGAACUCACAGUGGAAAGACUAUGUGAAAGGUGGGAUGUUUCAUUCUUACUGCUAUAAUUUCGAACAGCAAAACAAAGUUUUUCUGUGAGAAAGGAACACUAAUUAAAAGAAGGUGCCAUUAGAGCUAUUUUUUACCUUUGGGAGAAAUAAUGGUUUCAUUGUAAACUGUGGAGGUGUCCUCGUCAGUGUUUGUUACUUUUUCAGUCCAAGCAAAAUUUUACCUUUUUUUUUCUUUUAUUAUGCUUUUAAGUGCAAGUUUACAAACCAAGUCAGUCUCUCAUAUAAAAACUUAUAUACACCUUGCUAUGUACUCCCAGUUGCUCUCCCUGUAAUGAGACAGCACACUUCUUCCCUCCACUCUCUGUUUUCGUGUCUAAUCAGCCAGCUUCUGCCCCCUCCGUGCUUUCAUCUCCCCUCCAGACAGGAGCUGCCUACAUAGUCUCGUGUCUACUCGACCCAAGAUGCUCACUCAUCACCAGUUUCAGCAAAAUUUCAUCUUUCUUAAAGUCUUUGGGUAUUACACAAAAAGCUGCAGGGAAUAGCUUUUAGAAAGUGUGGUUUUAUAUUUUGUAAUGUUUUAUUGGUGUCAUUUUGCAUACAAUAAAAUACACUGAUUUUAUAUUUGGUUUAAGAGUGUAUUUUGUUUGUUUCCAUCUUUGUUGCAUUUCCUUGCAUUUUUUCCUAUUGUAAAGUUAAGUACUCCUUUAUAAUUAGUAAGUUUGUCAUUGGGUGAUACUUUGAGGCUUCAAGUAUGCUGUUUUUUAUCAUACUUUGGCAUACUAACUUUAAACUUUAGUACCCAUUGAUAAUUAUUACCUGUGAUUAUUGUUACUGUGGCAUUUACCAAGUGAUAUUUUCUAUUCCAGUUAUUUCUUCUAUGUUUAUUAAUUGGAAUUCUUCAAGGAAUAGCUUUCUCUUUUCUCCGUAUUAUUCAUUUAUUAAAUAUUUUACACCAAUAUAGGCUGAUCCAUGUUACUUAUUUAUUUUCUUGCUCAAAUUGUUCCAGAUUUGGUUAUUAGGAGCUCCCUUAAGUAGGUUACUGUAUUUUUUUUUUUUUUUUUGACAUGUCCUGGUUAUAAUCUGUAGAAUACUGUGAUGGUUAAGAUUGUGUGUCAACAUGGCUGGGCCAUGAUUCUCAGUGUUUUGCUGUCGUAAAAUGUUGUGAUCACUUCCGUGUUGAGAUUUGACACAUGAACACCCCCAUGACAGGAUCUGCUGUGAGUAGUCAGUCAGUUGAAGGGGAGUUUCCUUGGGUGUGUGGCCUGCAUUGAGUGUGGGUGGAUGUUCAGGCAGGGCUUGGGGGGUUUUUGCUUGUUCUGGAUCCUACAGCUAGCUCCUGUUCGUCUGACCUCCAGUUCUUGGGACUUGAGAUUGCAACUUACUUGCUGUCUUUUCUGCUGAUCUUGGGAUUCGUCGAUCUUCACAGCCUGUGAGCAAUAGCCCUGUACUCCGGCCUGCUGAACUUGGGUUUGCUAGCCCCUGUGGUGACAUGAAUCAAGAAGCCUUUUUCCUGACCCACGAACUUGGACAUUACAGCGUCUACAACUGUAUGAGCCAUUUCCUUGAUAUAAAUUUAUAUAUAAUUUAUAUGCUUUCCUGGUUUUGCUUCUCUAGAGAAGCCAGCCUAAGACAUUUGGUACUGGGAGCGAGGUGACCAAAACCUUCAUUCCUGAAGGGUCUGGGACAUUAGUAGUCAUGUUGGAAUUGGAUUGCUGUAGUUUUCCAUUGACUUUAAUCACAGGGCAUGGUGGUACUAAGAGAUGCUACACUGUAAGGGAUCUCCUGCAUUCCGGAUAUACUCUUCUUUACCUACAUUAUGUAAUAUCAGUGUGAUUUCUUCUUGUUAAUCAGGAUCAGUCACACCAGCCAGCAUGGUAACUACCUUCUUUGCCUGUUCAUCCAGAGGCAGAAGGAGCCCAAAGUGGCCAGGUGGCAUUCUUAGCUUCCAGUUCAGUGGAAUCAGUGAUGCGUCUCCAGGUGGGAGCAUUCUUCCCUUUGGAACUAAGACUUCUAGACCUGCAGAGCAUAAGAUUGUGGAGGACAGGAAGCUAGAAUCUUGUGAGUGAGUCGCUAGGGGUAGUAGUGGUACCACUCCCAUUUCCACCCCUUGAUUCCUAGACCUGUAAAUUCUGUCUACGGGAGGUACAGCACUAUAUAUUGGAUGCUAUUUUAGAGCAUAUACAGUCUCCUGGAGAACAUUACCCCAACCCUGCAAGGUAUUUCCACCUAGCUGGCACUGUAAUUGUGUGUUUAGGAGGCCAUUCCAUUGUUCUAUCAGGCCAGCUCUUCAGAAUGAUGGGGGACACGGAAAGACCAGUGAAUUCCAUGAGCAUAGGCCCACUUCAUUGCUUUGAAAUGAGUCCCAUGAUCCGAGGCAGUGCUGUGUGGGAUGUCAUGACGGUGGACAAGGUAUUCUGUAAGUCUGUGGAUGGUAGUUUUGGCAGAAGCAUUGUGUGCAGGGAAGGCAAAUCCAUAUUCAGAGUAAAUGUCAUUCCAGUAAGAACACUGCCCUUCCCAUGAUGCAAGUGGACCAAUGUAAUCAGCUUGCCACCAGGUUGCUGGUUGAUCACCUCAAGGGAUGGUGCCAUAUAGGGGCCUCAGUAUUGGUCUCUGCUGCUGGCAAAUUGGGUACUCUGCAGUGACUAGCCAAAUGGGCCUUGGUGAAUGGAAGUCCAUGUUGCUGGGCCCAUGCAUAACCUCCAUCUAUGCCGCCAUGGCCACUUUGUUCAUGAGCCCAUUGAGUAAUGACAGGAGUAGCUGGGGAAAGAGGAUGAGUUGUUUUCACAGAACAUUUCAUCCUAUCCACUUGAUUGUUAAAAUCUUCCUUUGCUGAGGUCAUCCUGUGGUGAGCAUUCACACAAGACACAAAUAUCUUCACUUCUUUGGCCCAUUCAGAGAGGUCUGUCCACAUACCUCUUCCCCAUACCUCCUUCUCUCCAGUUUUCCAGUCAUAUUCCUUCCAAGUCCCUGACCAUCCAGCCAAACAAUUGGCCACCGCCCAUGAAUCAAUAUACUGUUGCACAUCUGGCCAUUUCUCCUUGUAAUCAAAGUGAACAACCAGGUGCACUGCUUGAAGUUCUGCCCAUUGGGAGGAGUUGGCUUCAGCACUCUCCUUCAGGGAAGUCCCAUAAAGGGGUUGUAGUGCUGCUGCUGUCCAGUUUCGAGUGGUGCCUGCAUAUUGCGCAGGACCAUGUAUAAUCCAAGCACAAGUUUUUUCUUUAGCCAGCUGAUCAUAAGGAACUCCCCAUGAGACCAUAGGUUCAGAUUGGGAGAUGGAAAGUAACAUGAUAGGAGUAGAGACCAUGGGCAUUUGAACAACUUCCAUGCAACUUGUGCCUUCAGAUCCUGCUUGGGGCUGAUCUCAUAUAUACCACUUCCAUUUAAUGAUGGAGUGCUGCUGUGCAUGUCCAACUUUAUGACUCUGUGGGUCAGGCAACACCCAGUUCAUGAUGGGCAGCUCAGGUCACAUGGUGACUUGGUGUCUCAGGGUUAAGUGUUCAGUCUCUGCUAAGGUCCAAUAACAAGCCUAAAUCUGUUUCUCAAAAGGAGAGUAGUUAUCUGCAGUGGAUGGCAGGGCUUUGCUUCAAAAUUCUAAGGGUCUGCGCUGUAAUUAACAAAUAGGGGCCUGCCAAAGACUCCAGACAGCAUCUCUAUUGGCCCUGGACACUUCAAGCACCAUUGCACCAGCCAGAUCAUAUGGCCCAAGUGGCAGAGCAGCUUGCUUAGCAGCCUGAACCUGUUGCAGAGCCUUCUCUUGCUCUGGGCCCCACUCAAAACUAGCAGCUUUUUGAGUCACUUGAUAAAUAGGCCAGAUAAAUAUGCUGCCUCCAGAAUCCAAACAUGCCCACCAGAUGUCGUGCCACCUUUUUAGUUGUGGGAGGAGCCGUAUGCAGUAACAGUUCCUUCACUUUAGAAGGAGUAUCUUGAGAUGCCCCACACCACUGGACCCCUAGAAAUUUCACUGAGGUGGAAUGUGUCUGAAUUUUUGUGGGAUUAAUUUCCCACCCUCUAGCAUGCAAACGUUUUACCAAUAAGUCCAGAGUCAUUGACCCUUUUUCUUUACUAGGUCCAAUCAGUAUAAUGUCGUCAAUGUAAUGCAUCAGUGUGAUGUCUUGUGGAAGGGAAAGGAGAUCAAGGACCUUGGGGACUAAAUUAUGACAUAGGGCUGGAGAGUUGAUGUAGCCCUGUGGGAGACACCUGAAGUUAUAUUGCUGGCCUUGCCAGCAAAAGGCAAACUGGUUCUGAUGGUCCUUCAAAACAGAUAUGAAGAAAAAGGCAUUAGCCAGACCCUAGCUUCAUACUGGCUACCAGGAGAUGUAUUAGUUUGCUCAAGCAAUGAGACUACAUCUGGAACAGGAGCUGCAGUUGGAGCCACCACCUGGUUAUGUUUUCAGUAAUCCACUGUCAUUCUUCAAGAGUCAUCUGUUUUUGCACAGGCCAAAUAGGCGAGUUGAAUGGGAAGUUUCCUUGGGCAUGUAUCCUGCAUCUAAUGGGGGGGGGGGUGUUCAGGUACAGCUGUUGGAGGGGGUAGCUUUUGCUUGUUCUGGAUCCUGCAGCUGGCUCCUGUUUGCGCAGCCUCCGGGUUUUGGGACUUGAGCUAGCAGCUUACUUGCGGUCUUGCCUGCCGAUCUUGGGAUUCCUUGAUAUUCACAGCUCGUGAGCAGCAGCCCUGCUUUCUGAUUUUGGGUUUGCCAACCCCUGCAGCUACGUGAAUCAGGAGAAGCUUCUUUCCUAAACCAUGGUCCUGGGACAUUACAGUCUCUACAACCUCAUGAACCAUUUCCUUGAUAGAAAUCUCUCUGUGUAUUUAUACAUUUUACUGGCUUUGCUUCUCUAGAGAACCCAGCCUAAGAAAAUUACUUUCUGCCAGUGUUUGAGGCUUGUCUUGUCCUUUUUCUACCUGAGUCUUGGAAUCAGACUUUUCUCCAGGAAUCCCUGGUUCCUUUUAUUAGGCAACGAUAUUUAGAAACAAAGAUCUGGUCUAGGUAUGCUGGGCAUUAGGCAUGCUUAUUGCUACUGGACCCUCUAAGUGGAAAGAGCUAAGAGAUGUAUGUGUAGUAUAAACAUACAAAGGCACAUAUUUAUACUUCUGUAUGGAUCUGUAUAUAUUUGAAAAACCACUUGAUCGUACCCCGUCUCUGAUUCCAGUUUAAUACCACAGGGUUCAUUUUAUCCUUUUCUCUUAUUUGAAUGUUUUUCCUUUCUCUAAUAGUAAUACUCAUUAAAAAGACAGGAAAGAAAAGACCAAAAUGGAUGUCAGAAGAGACUCUGAAACUUAUUCUUGAACAUGAAGUAGCUAAAGCAAAUGAAAGAAAUGAAGUAAAAGAGCUGAACAGAAGAUUUCAAAGGGUGGCUCGACAAGACCAAGUAAAGUAUUAUAAUGACAUGUGCGAAGACCUGGAGAUAGAAAACCGAAAGGGAGGAACACAUUCAGCAUUUCUUAAGUUGAACUGAAGAAAAAAAUUUAAGCCUCGAGUUGCAAUAGUGAAGGAUUCUAUGGGGAAAAUAUUGAAUGGUGUAGGAAGCAUCAAAAGACGAUGGGAGGAAUGCACAGAGUCACUAUGCCAAGAAGAAUUGAUCGAUGUUCAGCCAUUUCAGGAGGUAGCAUACGAUCAGGAACCAGUGGUACUGAAGGAAGAGGUCCAAGCUGCACCGAAGGCACUGGGGAAGAACAAGGCUUCAGGAAUUGACAGAAUACCAAUUGAGAUGUUUCAACAAACAGAUGCAGCACUAGAAGUGCUCAUUUGUGUAUGCCAAGAAAUUUGGAAGACAGCUACCUGGCCAAUGGACUGGAAAAGAUCCAUAUGUAUGCCUGUUUCUAAGAAAGGUGAUCCAACAGAAUGUGCAAAUUAUCGAACAAUAUCAUCAGUAUCACACACAAGUAAAAUUUUGCUGAAGAUCAUUCAAAAGUGGCUGCAGCAGUAUGUCAACAGGGAACUGCUGAAAUUCAAGCCGGAUUCAGAAGAGAACGUAGAAUCGGGUAUCACUGCUGAUAUCAGAUAGAUCCUGGCUGAAAGUAGAGAAUACCAGAAAGAUGUUUACCUGUGUUUUAUUGACUAUGCAAAGGCAUUUGACUAUGUGGAUCAUAACAAAUUAUGGAUGACAUUACAAAGAAUGGAAAUUCCAGAACACUUAAUUAUGCUCAAGAGAAACCUGUACAUAGAUCAAGAGGCAGUCAGUCAUUCGAACAGAACAAGAGGAUUCUGAGUGGUUUAAAGUCAGGAAAGGGGUGCAUCAGGGUUAUAUCCUUUCACCAUACCUAUCCAAUCUGUAUGCUGAGCAAAUAAUCCGAGAAGCUGGACUCUAUGAAGAAGAAUGGGGCAACAGGAUUGGAGGAAGAUUCAUUAACAGCCUGCAUUGUGCAGAUGACACAACCUUGCUUGCUGAAAGUGAAGAAGACUUGAAGCACUUAUUGAUGAGGAUCAAAGACCACAGCCUUCAAUAUGGAUUACACUUCAACAUAAAGAAAACAAAAAUUCUUACAACUGGAUCAAUAAGCCACAUCAUGAUAAACAGAGAAAAGAUUGAAGUUGUCAAGGAUUUCAUUUUGCUUGGAUCCACAAUCAACACCCGUGGAAGCAGCAGUCAAGAAAUCAAAUGACACAUUGCAUUUGGCAGAUCUGUCGCAGAAGACCUCUGUAAAGUGUUGAAAAGCAAAGAUGUCACCCUGAAGACUAAGAUGUGCCUGACCCAAGCCAUGGCGUUUUAAAUUGUCUCAUAUGCAUGGGAAAGCUGGAUGAUGAAUAAGGGGGACCAAAGAAUUGACGCCUUUGAAUUGUGGUGUUGGUGAAGAAUAUUCAGUGUACCAUGGACUGUGAAAAGAACGAACAAAUCUGUCUUGGAGGAAGUACAACCAGAAUGCUCCUUGGAAGCAAGAAUGGCAAGACUAUGUCUCACAUACUUUGGACGUGUUAUCAGGAGGGACAGUUCCUGGAGAAGGACAUCAUGCGUGCUAAAAUAGAAAGGUCAACAAAAAAGAGGAAGAUCCUCAACAAGAUGUGUUGACACAGUGGUUGCAACAGUGGGCUCAAGCAUAACAAUGAUUGUGAGGAUGGCGCAGGACUGGACCGGGCAGUGUUUCAUUCAGUUGUGCAUAGAGUCUCUAUGAGUCAGAACUGACUCGAUGGCACCUAACAACAGCAAUGGUAAUACUCAUGGCCCUCAUUAUCCACAAUACAUAAUUUGCUGAAUCUUAGAAUAUACAUUGUUUUGGAAUUGCUAACUCUUGAGUUGAUAAAAAAAAACUUUGCAGAAAGCAAUUUCGUGUCUGUUUUAGGUUUCUGAGUUUGGGACUACAGCUGAGGUCAAUCAUUGAGAGAGGGGGUAAGAUCAGAGGGACCACCUGGUGGCUUGAUGUCAACCUCUUGAGGCAUAAUUUAGCUUAUAUUGCAGGACUAGCCUAUAAAAACCCAGAAGUUGGAGGCUUAAGAGAACUUCCUGGUUGGUGAGAAACAGCCAUCCAUGUGGAGGGUAGCAUGUCCUGGGGACAUAGAAGCUCUGUGCUGGAAUCCUCCCAGACCUCGGCCCAUA